GGCGCCAGAAAGGGGAAGAAGGGUGAAAGCGCGCAUUUGGCAUUGGUUAACACUAUCGUUCCCUCGCAACCUCAGAAGGGACCUGGAUCGAAGCAAACCACCGUCACCAUGUGGGACAGGCUCAAAAUCAUGAUUCCGCACCACGCGGAGAGGCAGGUCGACAACCCGCUGGACGACGACAGGUUACAGGUCGGCCUGGGCCUGAGCUACGGAACCCUGAACACGGCCAAGAAGGGAUACAGUUACUCGAUCAAGGGUGGGCCGCCUCCGCCGCGGCCACCGCGAGAAUUUCUCCAGUCGCGUUACGAGACUGCGACAGCUGUGCGGGAGCUGCCGGUUCGCAAUCCCAACCCCAACCCCAAAGGUAUCGCCGUUCGCAAGUCCAGUUUCCGUGCCGCGUCCUCUGUUUACCCGGAGGACUCUCCCCCGCUGGCCCCGAAAUUCGCAGCAAACGUGGCGACCAAGUACGGCUAUCGGUACGGCGGGGGGCUCGAUGGCAUCUCGCCGCCGAGCUCCCCCGAGCCUGACGCCACGGCCGCCAAUCGCUUGCCGCCGGGCGACGUUUCACCGAUUGACGAAGAUGACCGGCCAGUCUAUCCCCGACAUGCGGAUAUCCCGACCACCGAUGCUCUGAGAAAUGAAGGGUCGGACCGCGGGUAUGCGCCAGCACCACGCCAGGGCACCCAGAGCCCUCCGCAGAACCGAGCCGCGACCAGCAUCCCCAUGCUGCGCCGAGAGCGUCGGCGACAAUCCGACGCUGCGGCCCGUGAGGCGCACUCGAGCCAUCGCGGGCCGGCGCCGCAGCAGUCCCGGAAUCCACCCGGCCGUGAAGGGCCCCGGUGGGAUCCACUCACGGGAGAGCGGACAAGCAGCGCCCAGGGCCGGCCUUCCCAAGUCAACCCGGCCGAGUUCGCGCAGAGCCUGGGGUCUGGCCCCGACAAUGGAUGGGCGCCGUCGCAAAAUAGCCCCACCGCUGCCGCUCCGUCCUGGGGCGACCGGGUGCGCAAGAUGGCCAAGAAAGCCUCGGCUGCGAUAGAAGGGAACACGGACCCCGCCGCCGGCGCUUUCACGUCGAACCGCCCCGGCUGGCGUGGGGCGAGCGGACGGAGCGCCAUCGUGGACCCAGUGCACGACACUCGCGAAGUUCCUCCCUUGAAGAUUCCGGAAAAGAGUGCCAGGAGAAACAAGGCCCUUGCGGCCGAGUCCAAGCCCACUGGUAACACCCCGGAUGGUGGCUCCGCCCGCCGCGGCGAGACCCCGCCCAUCAGCCCUCCCCCGUCUGAAACACCGACCAGGUCCGGGCCACUGGACACCAUUAGGAGAAUCCUCCCCUCGUCCCAGUCGCCAUCUGCGAAGCAGACAACCUUCCCGGCCGCUCAGAGAUACCCGAGCCCUCCUCUUUCCGGCCACCCGGCGGCAGCAGAUGCGCCAGCAGUGGCUGCCAGGGAACUUGCACGGAAUAAUCUCUACGGACCGCGCGCUCUCCCGAGCCCAACCUUCCCACCCCCUUCGCCCGAGUCCUCGCAACCGAUCCGCCGGAAGCCGCCUCCGAUGCACACCAACCACCAGCACCAAGCGUCCGUCUCGUCAGUCUACUCCCAGCAGACCGACGCACCGCAGCCCUCUCCAUUGCCAGUCCCGGACACGGCCCGGCCGCCGCCUGCUCCUGUCGAGGAGCCAUACGUGCAGCCGCCCUCCCGCUUCAGCGUCACCACCUACGCGACCAGCAACACGGGCACGACCCGGGACGACAUCGACGACCCUCUCGACGGCAACCAGCCGCCCGUUCCAGCACUACCAGCCGACUUGCAGCAACAACACCCCCUCCAACGCAGGCCUUCAUCAGACCACAGCCCCGUAACCUCUCCGAUCGACCAGUUCAUGACCUCGCCCUUCGCCGAACACACCACCACCACAACCGUGAUGCCCAACCCCGCUGUGGCCCGCGUACAGGCGCAAGCCCAGGCCACGGACCGCCCCGCCUGGCGCGCCAGCGUCUCCGACGUGAACAAGAGCCUGCCGCCGGCGCCGCCGGAGCAGUCGGCCGGCGAGGCGCAGGACCGCGUGGCGCUGCUCGAGGCGCGGCUGCGCGCGCUCGCGAACCGGCGCAUAAACAUCAACCGGUCCAUCACGCAGAUGACGGAGCUGAUGCCGACCGACAAGCUGAUGAACAGCGCCGAGGUGAUGCGCAAGCGCGAGGCCGAGAAGCGCAAGGUCGAGGCCCUGCGCGCCGAGCUCGCCGAGGUCCAGCGCGAGGAGCACGAGCUGGGCCUCAAGCUGCACCGCGCGUACAAGCGGCUUGAUCGCGAGGCCGAGUGGGAGCCUACCACGCUUUGGGUCCGGAGGGUCACCGGGUGAAGAAGGGUUGGAAAGCCGGGGUUGGAACUGCGGAGU